AGAUGCAAAUAGAGAUGGAAGAGGAAGAACGAGAGAGGGAGAAAGAGAGACAGAGAGACUGAAAGAGAUAAUGAAGAAGAAAGAUGUAAACAGAUGCAAAUAGAGAUGGAAGAGGAAGAACGAGAGAUGGAGAAAGAGAGACAGAGAGACAUUGAAAGAGAGAAGGAUGAAGAAAUAUGUAAACAGAAGCAAAUAGAGAUGGAAGAGACAGAACGAGAGAGGGAGAAAGAGAGACAGAGAGAGAUCAAAAGAAAUAGAAUGGAGAAGAGACAAAAAAGUAUGGAAAGAGAGCAAGAGAGACAAAGAGAGAUUGAAAGAGAGAAUGAAGAAGAAAUAUUUAAACAGAUGCAAAUAGAGAUGGAAGAGGAAGAACGAGAAGAAGAGAGACAGAGAGAAAUCAAUGAGAAAGAGAGACAGAGAGAGAUGGGAGAGAAAGAGAGACGACAACAACAAGAGGAGAGAAAGAGAACGUUUGAGAGAGAUCAAGAAGAAGAAGAUAUAUGGAAACAGAAGCAAAUUGACAUGGAGAAGGAGGGAAGAGAGAGGGAGAACAAGAUACAGAGAAAGACAGAAGAGAUACACAGACAACAACAACAAGAGGAGAGACAGAAACAAAUGGAGAAAGAGAAAGAAAGGGAGAAAGACAAUGAGAAUCAGGGAGAGAUGGAAUUAAAAGAUCAGAAACAGAAAGCGAUGAAGAAAGAAAAUAUGAUUAUGAGAGAGAGGGAGGAAGUAGGAAGAAGAAAUGAGGGGCAGAAUGAACUGGAGAUAGAAAAGGAGAGAGAGAUAGAAGAAAAGCAGGAAGUGAUUAUUAAGAAAGCAGAGGAAGAGUACAUGGAAAGAGAAGAGAGAGGAAAGGAAGUAAGCAUGAAGAAACAUGUAGUAGUUAAUGUUAAAGCUAAAGCACGGGAAGUCUUCAAUAGACGUAAAGAGAGGAGGUUAGAAGUGUUGAAGGAGGAACGAGAACACAUAGAAAGAGGACAACAAAUCAGGAGGGAGAAGGAGGAAAGACGACUGGAGAUGGAAAGAAAACAGGAGAGGGCAAGACGACAAGCGGAGCAGGAUAAAAAACGAGAGAUUGGAAUUGCCAGACAGAAAGAAAUGUUCAGACUAAGAGAGGAGGAGAGGCAGAGAGAGGAAAAGAAAGAGGAGGAGAGAAAGAGAGCCAUUGAAGGCCAUUUAGCUUUAAUCAGAGAGAGAGAGAACAUCAUAAAGGCAAACAAAAGAGAGGAGAUGGCAGAAGAGGAAAGAAGAGAGAUCCCUGAGAAGUACAAGAGGGGUGAGACAGAGAACAGUGAAGAGGAGGAGGAGAAGGAAGAUGACCAGGAGGACCUUAUCCCACCUGAUAAAAGUAUCCGAAGAAGAGCUGUGGACUGGGUAAGUAAGAAGUGGGAGAAAAGGAACCUCAAAAAGAUCGAGAGAACGUAUCAGAGAGAAGCUGAGGAGGGCUAUAAGAUCGUCCACAUAGCCAUCCCUGGACACACAAGGCUAACAUCCACCAUGACCCGGGCAGAGAGAGAGAGGGAGAAGAGGAAGGAGCUGCUGAAGGAUGAGGAGAGAAGGAAGAAGUUGGAGAAUUUCAAUAAGCAGUGGAGAGAGCAGUCCCUGCUUAAAAAAAUGACUCAUCAGAAACUGAAGGAUGAGAGGGAGAGGAUGAAGGAAAAAUUCAUGGAACAGAUGAAUCUGGAGGCUGAUGCUCAAAUCAACACCCGGUGUCUAACCACCCAACACAGCCACGAUUACAACCACGGUCAGGCAUUGCCGGGAUGGGCCACAGGCCAACAGGUAAGCCAAGAGCCUGUUGGAUCUGGAAAUGGCCAGCAGGAGGGGCCAAGGAGGCAACAGGCAUGGGCAGAGAACCAGGAGUGGAGUUCAGAGAACCAGCAGGAGUGGCCAGAGAACCAACAGGGGGAGCCAGAGAGCCAGCAGCUGGAAACUCCAGAAGAGGGUGAAACAUCAGAGCCAACCUCCAAGAACAAGAAAAGGCCAAGCAUCUGGAAGAGAAUUAAGAGGAGCAUUCCUGACGUGCUGUCUGCCUAGAGCUGGAACUCGAUGAAGCCACAGUUCCACUGAGGUUACGUUGGUAAUUAAAAGUGUCGCCCAAUAAUUCCUCCUCCUCUUCAAGUCAUCAAGCCACAUUUCCUCCACAAAACAUUAUAUUCUCCUCAAUCCAGCAAGUAUCCUCUUUAUCAAGGCAACAAACCAUCUAAGGUCAGUGACUCUCCUCCCCAGAGCAGAGAUUCUCAUCUUUAUCCAAGUUGAAUUCAUCUCUGCUCACCACCUCUACUGUCCUAGAAAAUAUCCCCAAAUGGACAUGGUUUAAACAGAAGUCCUCCCCUCAGACCAGUGGCUCCACAGACCAGAGUUUCUCAUCUUUAUUCAAGUUGAACGCAACUCUGAUCAUUUCCACCACCUCACCUGUUAAGGGGAGGUGCUGAAAAGGAGGUCUGGGAGGAGGUCUGCAGGUAGCCUGGACCGGACCGGUAGCAGCUAAGUUGCUGGCUCCAUCCCCGGGCAGAGCUGCUCAAGUCAGGCCAGUGAUGUUUGAUGAUGUCAUUUUUGUUAGCAA